AGGUGAAUGAAAAACAUGAGUGCCUUGUCGAUUGAAGUGGGAGAUAUUUCGGGGACGUAUAACAUAUUUGAACAUGGUGGAAGACGGUCGGAUGAAUCUUACGUACCCGCGGAAGGACUUGAGGGGGCCGCGUUCCAGUCGGGUUUCCCUGCGGCGGAAAUGACGCAGGACGAAAUGAAGGCUUUCUCUGAUAUUGCUACUGGAGCUGUGGAAGCUCGGAAGGUGUAUUUUUAUCUGCGGAACCGCGCAUUACAACUGUGGUUGGAAAAUCCGAAGAAGGAGCUGGUAUUCGACGAUUAUAAUGCGAAGCUCGAGCGGCCGUAUGACAGUGUCGUGUCUUUGGCUUACCGAGUUCAUGCCUUCUUAUCACGAUUCGGUUAUAUCAAUUUCGGAGUGUUCACUCGGGUAUCCCAGCGAGCAGUUCGCCCCCGUCCGGUGAAAGUACUUGUUCUUGGAGCGGGAAUCUCAGGACUCGCGGGUGCAUCCCAACUCCAGCAAUUCGGUUUCGAAGUAGUCGUUCUAGAAGGCCGAGAUCGUGUUGGUGGUCGUAUCGCUACCUUCCGCAAGAACAACUACAUCGCAGAUUUGGGAGCCAUGGUCAUAACUGGCCUUGGUGGGAAUCCUUUGGCUAUUCUUGCUCGACAACUGAAUACAGAGUUGCUCAAAAUCCGACGGAAAUGUCCGUUAUACGAGGCUGCGACCGGGAAUCCAGUAUCAAAGCUUAGAGAUGAUUCAGUCGAGAAAGAAUUCAACAAGUUGUUGGAAGCUUGUGCUUUUCUUGCUCACGCCCUAGACAUUGAUAGAAUUGGGCGGAAGAAACUAUCCCUCGGUGAAUCUAUGGAGUGGCUGAUUAUGCUUCAAGAAAAGCGCGUAAAAGAAGAUCAAAUCAGAUACUGGGAGGAAUUCAAUAAAUUACAGAGUAAAAAGAUUGAUGUCAUGAAGAAGAUGUAUGAACACCAAGAAAAUGCUGACUUGCUCAAGAAAAAGGUAGAGAAAGACUUGAAAGUGCUCAACAAGAAGCAGAAAGACCGUGGAGAUAAAGUCCGUGUCACGAGACCUUCAAGUAUGAUAAGACCAGAGGAUUUGCCGCUGAUUGCUGACAUAAAGCUCAACCAGCAAGCUCGGAUGAAGGCUUUACGGGAAUGGAAACGUUUGCAAAUGAAGAAACAAGUACUAGAAACUCGUCUAGAGCGGUUGGAGACAAAUCCUCCUCCUGACGUGUAUUUGUCACCAAACGACCGAAAAAUUUUGGACUGGCAUUUUGCAAACUUGGAAUUUGCGAAUGCAUGUCCUCUUUCUGAACUCUCGCUGAAGCAUUGGGACCAGGACGAUGAUUUUGAAUUCAUCGGAAGUCACUUGUCUGUUAUCAAUGGAUACUCUUCUAUUCCGGUGGCGCUUGCCGAGGGUCUUGAUAUUAGAAUGAAGCAGAUAGUUAACGAAGUGCGUUAUGAUCAACACGGCGUGAAGGUUACCACAAUGAAAGGAGAGGAGUUCGAGGGCGAUGCAAUUUUGUGCACUUUACCUUUGGGGAUUUUGAAAGCAGCAGUCCGACGGGGGAAUGGAGAAAAAGGGAAUGAAGGAGGAAUGCGAGGCUUGGACCCGAUAUUCCGUCCACCUUUACCUAUGUGGAAACAAGAAGCGAUCGAGCGAUUGGGAUUUGGGGUGCUCAACAAGGUGGUGCUGUGUUUCCAACGCGUUUUCUGGGACCCCAGCGUCCACUUGUUCGGCCACGUCGGCACAACUACUGAAAGCAGAGGGGAGCUUUUCCUUUUCUUCUACUUGUACAAGGCUCCUGUGCUAGUUGCUUUGGUUGCUGGGGAAGCAGCCGGGGUCAUGGAGAGUGUGAGCGAUGAAAUCAUUAUUGGAAGGUGCUUGAAGGUGUUGAAGAGCAUUUUCGGUCCGGACGUCGUGCCGCACCCGACAGAUACGGUUGUGACCCGUUGGAAAAGCGACCCUCUGUCCAAAGGAUCUUACUCUUACGUUGGGAUCGGCGCCUCGGGAGACGACUAUGAUCAGAUGGCGGCACCCGUGGCCCCACCAGACUCUGACGGGGAUUCUAAGUGCUCUAGAUUAUUUUUUGCCGGGGAACACACCAUCCGGAAUUAUCCGGCUACUGUUCACGGUGCCUUGAUGUCCGGCCUCCGGGAAGCUAGGAUAAUUGCAGAUCAAUUCACGGGCUCGCCGUACGUUGCUGUGGCGAAAAAGUAG